UUCAACUAGAGACGUCGAUUAGGCCAAACACUGUGAACAACCAAGUUUCUUGUAUUUAGAAUUGUGUUUGAAAAACUGACGCGCGUCAUUCGACGAAGAGUGAACAUUUAAUUUUCCACCUACGCGUCCCUUUCAAAGCUUUCACGACACGAGCUUCCAAGUGGAAAUAUCAAAAACAAAGAACGCACAUUUCAUUGAAGAAAAAAGUUUUCUUCUAGUGAUAAAUACUACAUAUUAUGCAAUGAUGCAAGUGAUAAACCUUUAGAGAAAUUGGAUUUUUUCUUUUUUAGCAUUUAAAAUAGAAUUUAAUCAGAUUUUUGGAAAAAUUAGAUAAUAUUAAUGUAAGGUCUAGCCUACAAUUACGUGUGAGUGCAUUCGAUUCUCAAGGAAGCGCGAACUCCGACCGUGCGACUCAACGUGAGAGAAAGGAUUCUGAAGAAAGAUCAAAUACUCAUCGUGAAGGAGUGAAGCGAUUAUUCCCUCGCGAGUAGCCGGGAAGUCCGCCUGUGUUUAAACUAGAAUUCAGACUGAUAGAAACUGAUAUAUUUAUAGAAAAUAAUACAUAUAAAAGGGAAAGAAUAAUUGUGGGGGAUUUAAUUUUAAACUUUCUUGAGUGUAGAUAGUGCUUUCUGUGAAACUAUUGAAUUUAUCUUUGAAUAGUGUCUGAAACUCUGAGAAAUAGAGAGACAAAAAGCAAAUUCAUGAUGCAGACUCUUCAUUUUGACCAGCCCCUUUCACUUUUGGACCAACAGAGACCUCGCGAUCUCGGAGAGAUGCAACGUUGUCCGUAUCUUCACGAGAUGAAGGAGCGUCUACUCUCGCAGCCGACGCCAACGGACAGUUUGGACAUGGAGCGUCUCGACGGAAGUGGCACUCCUGUAAAGGACGCCCAUUUGCACAACGAUUACCCUGCCCACACGAAUCCUGGGAUUAUUCCUGACCCACCAGAAAUGCCACCAGACUCCUUAAUCGGCACCGUCGUCAAGCUAAAUUCCGACGGCUACGGUUCUCACACGUCACCGGCGCACGCCAGACAACCCCUAGUACCACAAAAUGCGAAUAACCAACCCCUUUGUUUCACGCCCACGCACGCGGCGCCCACCAAUGGCAUGUUGCCAAAGAAUGCUAAAACGUCGCUUUUCAUCAUCAUGAGCUUCAUAUAUGCAAAGCUUCUAGUGGUUAUGUGCAUUGCCUACGUAAUAAGCGAUGUGGUUACGUAUCGAAUACCUGCAUACUAUUACGAAGGGUUUUUCACUUACCUUUAUGGAGUUAGCAUCCUCUUUCUUCUCUACGUCUUCUGCUUCCUCCUCCAGGAAAGUGCCUGCUGCUCCAGAGGGGUUGAGACACCCCCUCCACCUCCAAGACCGCCAAAGGCAUCUAAAGACGCAAAAGAUAGAGAUAAGAAGAGGAAGGACAAGAAAGAUAAGGAUCAGAAAGAGAAGAAAAAGAAGGAAACUGCAGAUGUGGAAGCGGCGGUGGUUACGCGAAAACACAAAACUACCCAGAAUGACCAAAGCCAUGGAAGCUUUUUUCUCAGAAUGGGUGCCAUUGCAUUCGGUUUGGGGACAAUGGUCUACAAUGGACUGGAAUUCGGAACUUUCUUCGAAGUUUUGCCAACUUCACCGUGUUAUCAGAUUUUGAAAGGAGUAAAUCCUGUUCUGCAGAUGAUCUUCACCUUUAUGCAGAUGUAUUUCAUCUUCAUGAAUUCUAGGCUCAACAUCCAUCGAUUUAAGGUGAUCGCUCGGUUUGGUCUAAUGCACGUAGUGGCGACAAAUCUCUGCGUCUGGAUUCGAACAUUAGUAUUAGAAACUCUAAAGGACAUCACAGUUUAUCAUAAAACCUUAGGAAGAAAAGACAUUGGACUACUAUCGAGUAUCAAGGAUCACACCAUACAUAAUGCUGAUGGAAUCUUAGGUCUCGAACCUCGUGACAUGGGUCAAUUGCGAAGGUUGCCUUCUUAUUUGACAACAAUGAAACCUCCAACAGCCAUAAGAGCUGUAAAAACAACCGUGGCAUCUAUAGGUAGAGUUGCUAGGACAACAGCAAGGGCUGUUGCACGAGCAGCCACAACAGCUACAACAACAACAACUGAGGCCUGGAGAACCACAUCCACAACCCCAUCGACUACCACUAGCACGACAACAACGACAGCAUUUCCCACGAUGCCGACAAGAGAGCCAACAACAGCUGCAACAACUUUCUCCACAUUCUUAACAACUUUAACGCCGGCUCGUAACAACACUUGGAGAGAAAUGACAACUCCAUCUACGACUACAACAACCACAACUGUACAAACAACAAUAACACAGUUCGUGGCAGGACUGUUUGACUCUCCACAAUCCUUAAGCAAGAAUCACAUUCCACAUGCUUAUGACAUGAACUCCAGCCUUCCGAAUAGUUCACACAACGAGACCGUCUACUGGGGAUCGAAUUUCGGGAUUUACGCAGAGGCGCUAACUGCUAAUAUCACGAAAAAGAUUUCUUGCGAGCGAGUUAGCAUCAUGGGUACUACAGUUCAGGAUGCGGCUCCCUAUUUGUAUCCAUUUAUUAUUGAGUACAGUCUGAUUGGUGCUGCUGUAAUUUAUGUUAUGUGGAAACAUAUUGGCCGUCAUCCACGUUGGCCACGACAGGCAGAAGCUGACUUAGAACGUCGUCUGGAGGCGAUGCUCUCACGAAGGGCUGUUGCCCUCGCACAUGCAGGGGAUGAACCACCAAGUGAUUGCGAAAAUGCUCCGUCCGUAAACGAGAGUGGAGAAUCCAAACGGACAACUACGGGGAAGCCUACUGUUCGAACUGGACACGGCAGAGUGGAUUGCGUCGGGGCAAGCAAGGGACUAUUCUUCGGGUUACUUCUUUUGGUGGGUUCCUUAAUCUGCCUAAUCUGCUUUUUCGUCCUGAUUCGCAAUAAAGGAAUGAGUCUUCUGGCAAUAUACUUGGCAGAUGCGUCACAUUGUCUCCUAAUGGCACUAUCAAUCAUCGCCAUCAUCAUCGGAUUUAUUCGCGUCCAGAGCUUGAAAUUCAAAGCUGAAGAACAGAGCGACCUGAAUGACAUCUUACUCCGUGUUUCCGCUUUUGGUCUCUUUAUCUACGCCGCUUUCAGUGUAAUAGCUGGUGCUCUUUCUGCAUUGACUUACGAACCAAAUCUUCUAGUGAUGGUCACUGGUCUUUUAGCAGUGACUCAAGUGGUCCUACAGAUGCUCUUCAUUUCUGAUGUCUCGCGCAGGAGAGUCCACCUACCAGAACACGAUCGCAGCAAACCUGGACGACAGAUCGUCACCUUCUUGCUCAUGUGCAACGUUACGAUGUGGGUCAUUUACUCCUUUGAAGCUCACAAGGUCAACCUAAAUCCUGUUCAACUCGACUUCUAUGGAUACCUUGCUUGGGCGAUUGUGCAGAGGAUCACUCUACCACUCUGCAUCUUCCACAGGUUUCACAGUGCUGUCACGCUUGCUGAGAUAUGGAAGACCAGCUAUAAAGCACGUCUCGAGUAAACAAGAAACGAGCAACGACUUUAUGAUGAGACUCGAUCGUUCAGUUCAAAAAGGGAUGAGUCACGACCGCAAGAGAAUACUAAAAACUAGAUCUAAAAGUAUUAAAGACAAGUAUUAAAGAGGAUUGAAGAUGAAUAUUAAAGAUGACCAGAGAAGCUAACUUGCGAAAACUCACCCAAGACACUAGUGGAUCAAUGUUAUCCUUCGUUUUAAAAGCUGAGAAACGGAUAAGGUAGAAUUUCACUCUCCGAUAGAAGCAAGUAACGAUUGACUCGCUAGAGCUACAACGAACGAAAAAGUACCUUUCAAGCAAAGAACUGGAGGUUAAUAUUCGUUUCAUUAUUCUUUCAGUCAGCGAAAUAGGGACUAAACUCCUUUUAAAGUGAUGUGUAUUGUCCAUGGCUGAAGCAGGAAGAGCAAUAUUUCUACAGGGUCACCGAAAGCGAAGAGGUUCACACUCAGAUUAUGAAUUCUGAUUGACUUUUGCAGAUAUAAAGAGGAUGUUGAAUUCCAUGACUACGGGUGAUAUCAUCCAGACUUCAAUACUUAAAUAAGAGAAACACUUCAGAGUAGCGCACAUUUACUUUCAAGCGAAAAUCAUUAGUAAACUUUAUGCUAUUGUCGUGUUUUCUACUUUUAUACCUUGACCACGUCGUGCGUCGAUAAUGAUUAUUCAAACCUUCAUGACUCGAUGCAGGGACGAGGAGAUUUCAUUGAGUUAUCUUAUCAACAGAGAAGGGAAAAAUUUGUGAUCCUACCUUACCAAACAGAAGGGCAAGUUUACAAAAGUCACGCAGACGCAAAUUUAUGGAGAAAUAAGUGAGUGAGAAACACACUCUUUGAUUUGUUUUAUCCCGCGAUUCUGUGUUCACUGCGCAUCGCAAAGUACAAAAUUGUUUCUACUUUUCCAAAUAGUUUAUCGCUCUGUCUUACGUAUGUAGCAUCGCGUGACAAGAAUUAAGAGCCGAAUUGGGAAGAAAGUUGUGCGGACGAAAAUAAAGAGUCUUACGGUAGGUGAAAUGAAGAGUGAGAUGUUAACGAAAAGUGUGUAUAGAGAAUGUAGUUAUUUUUUUCAGCGCUGAAUGCGUAUAAAUCACUGAUAAGGAGACGAAGAGAGACAGAAUCCAGUCACUACUAAAAGCUAACUAUGAAUAAUAGAUAUCGUUAGGUAUAGAGAAAGAGGAAGUGCAACAGGUAGGUUGUAGAGUAUGUUAGUCUAUACACGGUAAGACAAAUUCAUCACCCACGAAAAGAUAAAUUACUAGCUAUUGAUUAGUGUCUAAGACCGAUUCAGUAAAAUCGAUCGUUCAUGAUACGCUAGGUCGUUAAUACUGAUUAUUGUCUCGUCAGGCCGUUGUGAGAGAAAUUCACUUUAAGGAAUAUUGAAUUUCUCCGCACACCUCCUUAUCAUCAACCUCGUUAUCUCCAUCCUCCGAGUAUGUACUUACAUAGCUUUCGAGUUUACACAUUUUAAUUAUUAGAUUUAUGAAAAACGAGAGAUUAUUAUUAUGAUUGAUACGAAAAAAUCACGCAAACAUCACGUCGAGAUCUGACAUUAUACAUACGCGAAUUACAAUACGGACAUACCCGAAAUGACACUAUUGAUACAUAUAUAUAAUAUACGAUAUAAAUUAUAUAUAAAUAAAUAUAUAUAUAUAUAUAUAUAUAGAUAUAAAUAUAUUAUGAGAAAGGAAUGCAUUUUAUUGCGCGACUGAGUGCUGAAUGCGAUGUAAAUAUCAAUAAAUUAAAUAGGACGGAGCGUUCGUGAAACGAAAGACGUGCCAUUUCACACUUUGUUUUCCAUUUUUUGCCAUUUCGUAAGCGAAUAUUGUUUCAUCGUAUCAUUUCAUUGACGCUCUGCGACCGAGACUUGCGUGUAUCAUUGGGUAUCGACAAAGCGCGAAUAAUGUGAUCAGUGGAAUGGGAACGUAGCUAUUUAAUCUUUCAUUAAAACGACCAUGUGCCCGUGAGAGACACACUGCCACAUUGGACCAACCUUUAAAAGAUAAAAAUGCUAAAUCACUCAGAAAGAUCAUAGAUCAAAAGAUCGAGUUCCUUAGCCUGGUCCAGUCAUAAAUUACCUAAAAUCCUUCCAUGAUUAUCGCGAAUGUGAGACUUAUACGAGUGUGCGUGCAAAGUGUGAAUGAAAUCGAGCGAGUGCGACGUUUUCAUUCGGCAACGACGUCUUUUUAAUAUGCCCCUAUCGUGAGAAAAUUCUUGUAAUAAGUACACCGAUAUAUUAAAUAUACAGUAGACCUAAGCCUAGCGAACAAAACCGCGGAUUUGCAAAAACGAAACGAUUCAGAGAUGGGAAAAGCGGUUUUGUUAACAAAAAAUCUGCAGUUGAAGAUUCAUUUUAGACCUAUGCGCCUUUCUGACCAAUUAUCAAACUUCUCCCCUGACAAAAAGUUGUAAACUUUUUUAAAGGUCAGAUCCAUGAAAAUAAUGGUUAAAUGGACCACAAAAUACUCUAGAUUGAUAUUAUUCCUUAGCAAAAAAUAAUUAUUGACUAAUAAGAAUUUUUUGCUAUGGAAUUGGAGAUUUUUUAUUUAACAUUCUGAUAGUUUUAGUGAAAUUAGGAUUUGGAUAAGUUUUUUUGCCUUACGAUAUGGCUAUUAUUUUACACUUCAAUUGUAACGAUUUGAUAAUGUAUUCUAUAUUUCUCAAGUUCAGUUUAAGGACGCGGUUUUGACUUUAUUCUUGAGCUGAAAGGAUAAUACUUUUUGAUAAGAUAUUUAUUCAUAUUAUCUAGAUAUUGUAUAUACAAAAGGAUGAGGAAUUUAAUUCACUCCUGACAGAGCUGCUUCACCAAAGUAUUUAUGUAUCUCUCUCACAUGAUAUUUUAUUGUUACUAAUAUAUUAUACUUCUUUUAUACUUAAUGUUCAUUGUUCGAUAAAUCAUUUUUUAAUAAGUUUUAUAUUUCUAUAACUUUACACUGCAUUGUACCUGGUGAUUUAUUAUGCUUAAAUCCCAUCCCUGACUGUGAACGUAAAACUGGUUAGUCAAUUCGUACUUUUCCAAGUUAUGUAUAUCAAGGUCGGGUUUGAUAAUCUACAAGAGGUUCAACUAACACUUUUCGCGGUAAACCAAUCGGUUGAAAGUUUAACGAAGGCGUGUCCCUUACGUACGUACAUACAUACAUAUAGAGAAUAUGAUCUAGUAACUAUAUACGUUGCAAACUCAUCUGGAAGCCCAAAACUUCGGGAAGCAAAUCCGCGGCGAUGUUAUUUAACAUUACGUAGCAAGUUUUUGAUGUCUUCGACUAUAAUUAUCAAAGUUUGUACACACACGCGCACAAGUGACUCAUACUCACAACUAUACAGAAACACAAUUGAACAUUAAUGUAAAAGAACAAGGUAAUUAAAAAAAUGCAUACAUGUUGUCCAGUAACCAGUUCUUAAUCCAAAUAGUGAUAAAGAGAGUUUAAUUCAUUCGCAAGAUCAUUGUAACUUUAACGUUUCAUUGUAUCCGUUGAAUGGCACGUACGCGCAUGUCUCAUCCGCGUAAUUUGUAACGAUAACGAUUAUAUUGGUUAAUAAAAGUUAUCUAGAUGUACAUA